AUGGCCGUGCACCCGGCCGGGGACAACCUGCUGGUCUGCUCGUACGACAGGAAGUGCAUAUGGUUCGACCUGGAGCUGUCGUCGAAGCCGUACCAGACGCUCCGCCUGCACGGGGGCGCGGUGCGGUCGGUGUCGUUCCACCGCCGGUACCCUCUGUUCGCGUCGGGCGGCGACGACGACAACAUCGUGGUCAGCCACGGCAUGGUCUACAAUGACCUGCUGCAGAACCCGCUCCUGGUGCCGCUGAAGUCGCUGUCGGGCGGCGCGCGCGCGGCCGACCUGAACGUGCUGGAGCUGCGCUGGCACCCCGCGCAGCCCUGGCUGGCCGCCGCCUGCGCCGACGGCACUCUGCGGCUCUACGCCUAG